GUCAAUGAAAAUGAAAAUGGAAUUACAAAACCUAAAAAGCUCCACUCUCCCACUGCCCAUGGAAAAUCAAAAUUGAUGGUCAAACGCAACAACAAAAUAACAACAAAAUUUCUAAUUUCACCGUCCUUCUCCCCCAAUCCAUUUUGGCAGCGGCUCAUUCACUGCCCUUUCCUUCCCUUUUUCUGCUCUCUCCCUUCCUUGGCUAUAACUUUUUUCUGGGCUCUUCUUCAACUCUGCGGAUUCUUUUUUUUUUUUCACCCAUGGACGACGAGUAUGAUAAACUUAUCAGGAGGCUGAACCCACCCAGAGUUGUGAUUGACAAUAACGCUUGUAAGGAUGCUACAGUGAUUGAGGUUGACAGCAUGAACAAACAUGGGAUUCUCUUGAAAGUUGUGCAGGUCCUUAUGGAUAUGAACCUAAUAAUUACUAAAGCCUUUAUCUCCUCUGAUGGAGGCUGGUUCAUGGAUGUUUUUAACGUUACCACGCAUGAUGGAAACAAAAUAAGAGAUCCAGAAGUGAUAAACGCCAUUCAAAUGAGGCUUGAAGUUGAUGCGAGUUUCGUGCCAUCAAUGAGAGACUCCGUUGGUGUGAUGCCCUCGGAAGAUCACACCUCAAUCGAGCUGUCUGGUACUGACAGGCCUGGUUUAUUGUCUGAAGUUUGUGCUGUUCUUGCGGACCUUCACUGUAAUGUAGUAAAUGCUGAUGUUUGGACACACAAUAAUAGGGCUGCAGCUGUAGUUCAUGUGACAGAUGAUGCUACUGGCUGCGCAGUCAAAGAUCCACAGCGACUCUUAACAAUCAAGAAGUUACUCUGCAAUGUUCUCAGAGGGAAUGGGGAGUUGAAGGAAGCCAAAAUGACCCUGUCUCCUCCUGGGGUCACCAGCACAGACAGAAGGUUGCAUCAGAUCAUGCUGGCUGAUAGAGAUUAUGAAAGGGCCGGCAAAGCCAGGCUUGGGGUUGAAGAUAACAACUUGAGACCCCGUGUUACUGCAGUGAAUUGCACUGAGAAGGAUUAUACUGUGAUUAUUACUCGGUCGAGAGAUCGGCCUAAGCUGCUGUUUGAUGUUAUUUGCACUUUGACAGACAUGGAAUAUGUUGUCUUCCAUGGAAUGGUCCACACUGGGAGGGUGGAGGCUCAUCUGGAAUUUUAUAUAAGACAUAAGGAUGGGCUGCCGAUUAGCUCCGAAGCGGAAAGAGAUCGAGUAUUGCAUUGCCUUGAAGCAGCCAUUGAAAGGAGGGAGUCUGAGGGGCUUAAACUUGAACUGUUUGCAGAAGACCGAGUUGGGCUUCUCUCAGACAUCACAAGAAUAUUCAGGGAGAAUAGCCUCCGUAUCAGGAGAGCAGAAAUCUCCACAAAAUGCGGAAAAGCAAACGACAUUUUCUAUGUCACGGACAUGACAGGAACCACCAUUGAUGUUAAGAUUGUUGAGUCCAUUCGCAAACAGAUCGGUGAUGCCAUGCUGCAGGUGAAACACAACUUGUGUCACUCCCAAACACCCCCAAAGGAGACGACGACAACAGGAUUUUUCUUGGGAAACUUAUUCAAAGCAAGAUCCUACUCUUAAGCAGCCUGCCCUGCCCUGCCCUUGUGUGUAAAUAUUCGUUCACAAGUAAAAACCAUGCACAGAUACAUAUAUAGGAACCCUUCCCCCAACCCUUCCUUCACCCUCAUAUAAAUGGGGGUUUGGUAUAUCUGCUCAUAUUGUAGCUAAUAAACCCAGAAACCAACCACCUUCUGAUGUAUGUAUAUAGUUGUCUUUUCAGAAAAUGGUGUACAGAACAGUGUAGUGUGUGGUUAAUGCUCUUUCUACAAAAUUGUAGAAGACUGUAAAGCUAUAAUUAUUGGCCUCAAUUGAAGUGGAUGAAGAAAAUGGUCUGCU